AUGGUGGAUGUCAUGGUGUUGCCUAGGUCGUGCGUCAACACCAGCAUGCUAGCUCAGUUCAUCGAUGUGGCAGUCUGCUUCAUAAGGAGGCUGGAAAAGAUUCAUCCCACUGGAAAAAUGUUUAUACGUUCAGAUGGAGAAGGAAAAAAUGGAACCAUUGGGUUGAUGGAGCCCCUUGAUGAAGAAAUCUCUGGAAUCAUGGAAGUAGCUGGAAGAGUAACGGCCAAGGCAACCAUAAUGUGUAUAUCAUAUAUCCAGUUUAAAGAAGAUAACCAUCGUUUUGAUCUUGGACUUUACAAUGAAGCUGUGAAAAUUACCCAUGAGUUCCCUCAGUUUUUUCCUUUGGGGGUAGAGCAAUAUGAUUGA